ACUACUUUUAUUUUUUUUUUUUUCAUCAGUCAUUUUUAGUUUAGUAGAUCAUGGAUUUGUAAAGGAACGUAGAAAUUAUUAUUUAUUCAUGUAUAUUAAUAAUUUAAAUUGUGUAAAUAAAAUAUUAUAAUAAUUAGUUAAUAAUGGACGAGUUAAGUGCACAAUUAAUGGAGGACAUAGUCCUGGAACCAAGAAAUAAAACAUCAAACGAGGUAUCAAAAAAAACGUCAUCAGCAACGUCAACGUCAAAAAGUAUAAAUGUACCGACGAAUCCAAAACGUGGACGUCUGAAGGUCGAGCUUCAAACCCUUAGAAUAUCCGAGGAAUCUGAGAGACAGCUGUUCAACACAUUGAAGCAUGUCUAUGGGCCAUCAUUUAAACUCAAUGAUGUCUCCAAUUUUGAGGACAAUAAAAAAAGCAAAUUGGACGGGCAGUACUGGAUGGAGAGAGGUGACCUAGUGAUACGCGGUGUCGUUGAUUACUCAUCCAAGAACCCAACUCCCAAAGGAAAUGCGGCUCUUACUCAACGAUUCGCUUCGUCAAAGCUGGAGAGCUACAGCUUCCAUCCCAACCACUGCCUCGAAGCUCUGACUCACGCUGACGGAGACUUUGGUCGAGCCCUGGAAAUUCUUUUUGAAAAAUACUACCAGGUUAAGCCAGCGAAUGCUGGUGAUGCUGAUGGUUACAGUGAAGAGGAUUUGAAUGACAUUCUGGAGAAGCGUGACGAUGAAAAGCAGGCACUGGAAUCUAUUUACAGUGAAAUGUUUGUAGAGAAAAUAAAAAAUCGUCUUUGGUUGGUUAAAUUAAAGUUGGAUUAUUUGCUGAAAAAAAAAUCUGAUGAUUCUGAUGAUAAGGCAGCUAAAAAAAAUGAUAGAAAAAAUAAUAAUAGUAAUAAUAGUAAGAGAAAUGACGUUUGUAGAUUAUUUGUUAGUGGGAAAUGUAGAUUUGCUGAUAGAUGUAAAUUCUUACAUCAGCAGCCGGAGCAAAAAAAAAUUCAAACGGCUGUAAAAGAAGAUUCGGAAUUUAUUUUGGAAAUUCGCUUUCCAGAAGGCAAUAAGUAUCCAUACGAACCGCCUUAUAUGUAUUUAUAUAAGAGUGAUCCAUCAAUGGCUUAUCCGAACGUCAAGUACCUGAUGAUUGUUAAGAGAUUGUACGAAGAAGCGAAGGAACAGUGUACUGGAGAGUCGUGUUUAUUUACUUUGAUAUCUUUGCUAGAGAAUGAAGACGAGAUGAUGGAGUAUUUAAAUAACAACAAUCCGAAUUUUAUUGAUAUGUAUGACUCGCUAUUUACUGAAGUCCCGGACGACGAGACGGGACUGUCGACCCAUCAUCAGAAAGGAACGGUCAGUAAACAGAGCAAGAGUAAAUUGUCGGAGGAAGAAGUUGUUGAGCAGGACAAUACAAUUUGUAAGAGAUUUAUGGACAAAAAUAAGAAUCAAAGGUUUAGAAAAAUUAUUGAGAGUCGUCAGAAGCUACCGGCUUGGAAUAUGAUGACUGAUGUCAUUGAAACAGUUGAUAAUAAUCAGGUGACGAUUAUUUCUGGUGAGACAGGUUGUGGUAAGAGUACUCAGGUACCGCAGUUUAUGCUGGAUGACUGGAUCGUCAACAGACGUGACAGCAAAAGUCAUGCGGAAAUUAUUUGCACUCAGCCGAGGAGGAUAAGUGCCAUUGGAGUUGCUGAGAGAGUUGCCUUUGAACGUGAUGAGAAAAUUGGUAACACGGUGGGUUACCAAAUUAGAUUGGAAAGUAAGAUAUCUAGCUGGACGCGCUUGACAUUUUGCACUACGGGUAUUUUACUUCAGCGCAUGUCCAGUGAUCCUACACUGAAGUCAGUGACUCAUGUUAUUGUUGAUGAAGUCCAUGAGCGAAGUGCUGAAAGUGACUUUCUGCUGAUGCUCUUGAGACAGAUUCUUCCUAAGAGACCUGAUUUGAAGAUUAUUUUGAUGAGCGCGACUCUCAAAGCUGAGACUUUCUCGUCUUACUUCAACGGGACACCGAUUCUGGAGAUUCCUGGACGAACAUUUCCGGUGGAGCAAAUAUUUUUGGAGGAUGUGCUCGAUCGGUGUGACUUUGUGCUUGAGGAAAAUUCAAAGUACACACGAAAAAUUCGCGGUGGUUGGGAAGAUCUUGAAAUGGAACUUGAGACUGCUGAUGUUGAUGCGCUCGCUGGUAACCCACCACAGAACUCAAUCGCUGAUGAAAAUUUACGUCUCAGUCAAUUAGUUGGCAGGUAUCCUGGUUACUCAAACCAGGUUUAUAAAAACUUGUAUGUGAUGGAUCAUGAUAAAAUAAAUUACGAUUUGAUAGAAAAGGUCUUGGAGUGGAUUGUUGACGGUGAUCAUGAUUACCCACGCAAAGGAUCUAUUUUGGUAUUUCUACCAGGAAUUGCUGAGAUAUCAGCGACAAAAGAUGUUAUCAAUGACAAUAAAAUAUUAUCACCACGUUCAGGUAAUUUUGUCGUAGUUCCUCUGCACUCGAUGCUCACCAGUGAAGAGCAGGCGAUGGUAUUCCAUAAACCCAAAAACGGAGCACGGAAAAUAGUACUCAGUACAAAUAUCGCCGAGACUUCAGUCACGAUUGACGACUGUGUCUUUGUGGUGGACACAGGCAAGAUGAAGGAGACUAGAUUCAACUCCAAUACCAACAUGGCGAGCUUAGAAGCCUGCUGGGUAUCACGGGCCAAUGCAAUGCAACGAAAAGGACGAGCUGGAAGAGUGAUGUCAGGUGUUUGUAUUCAUCUGUACACUUCCAACCGAUUCGCUUAUCGUUUUCUCGGGCAGCCGAUUCCCGAGAUCCAGAGGAUCCCACUGGAGCCCCUGCUGCUCAGAAUCCAAAUAAUGAACGGUGGUAAACACGUAAAUCUUUUCAACGUAAUGGAGAAAAUUAUAGAACCUCCUGCUGAACAGAGUGUCAGAGACGCGAUUACGAGACUCCAAGACGUCGGAGCUUUUGAUUCUCAGUGCAAUUUAACUCCUCUGGGUCAUCAUUUAGCUGCGCUGCCUGUCGACGUUAGAAUAGGAAAAUUAAUUUUAUACGGUGCUAUUUUUUGUUGCGUCGACUCGGCGCUAACUAUUGCCGCUUGUCUGUCGCACAAGAGUCCAUUCACGACACCCUUUGACAAGAGACAGAGUGUUGAUGCUAAAAAAAAAGAAUUUACCACUGCCUACUCUGAUCAGCUGACUAUUCUAAAGGCUUACAAAAAAUGGCUGGAUAUAAGUUCACGUGGUUAUCAUGCCGGUCAAGCAUUUGCUUAUGAAAAUUUUCUAUCAGUAAGAACAUUGCAAACUCUUGCAGAUGUUAAACAUCAGCUAUUAGAGCUACUGGUGUCCAUUGGAUUCGCGCCGAUUGAUAUAAAAAAAAGGCAGCCAGGAGUAGAUAAAGUUAUCGAGAUGUCCGGGAGUGAAUUGAACGGAAAUAACGAAAAUUUAAAACUUCUCCAGGGUUUACUUUGCGCGGCUCUGUAUCCUAAUACUGUUAAAAUUUUCACUCCUGAAAAAUCAUUUCAAUUGCGAUCAGCGGGAGCUAUUCCAACUCAGCCUAAACCCGAAGAACUUAAAUUUCAAACCAAAGACGAUGGGUUCGUUCAUAUUCAUCCGUCGUCUGUUAAUUUUUCAGUGGGACAUUUUCCUAGUCCUUAUUUAGUUUAUCAAGAAAAGAUAAAAACCAGCAAAGUUUUUAUUAAAGAAAUAUCUGUCGUGUCUAUGCUACCGCUCGUACUUUUUUCUGGAUAUGGUAUCAGUAUUGAACAACAUAAUGGCGAAUUUAUUUUAUCACUCGCUGAUGGCUGGAUUUUAUUUGCAGUCGAAUCUCACAAGGUCGCGCAAUUAUUGCAGCAUAUGAGGAUCGAAUUAGUUAAAUUAUUAGAGCAAAAAAUGCAGGAUCCUCUGCUCAAUCUACUUCAUCAUCAGAAUGGCCGAAGAAUUAUCGAUACGAUAAUAACAAUUUUAACAAAAGAUUAG